ACUGCAGUGGCCUCGGCUCAGGUGCAGCUACAGCCUCUAAAUGCAGCGGUGCUCCGUGGUUCGCAGGCUCGGUUCAACUGCAGCACAACUCAGCCCCCAUUUGUCAUGAACUGGAUGGUCAAUGGACGCUUGGUUAUCACCAUUCUGGAAGCAUCUGGGGUGUUUAACAGCACAGAUCGCUUUUCUGCCCAAAAUUUCACCACGCCUGGAGAUUACAAAUGGGAGUUUAUAAUUAGCAAUGUGCAGAGAGACGAUGCGGGGGAAGUCACCUGUCAGGUUUUGGGUGGAGAGCCUCGAUUGGCCACACUGUCUGUACAAGAACGUGGCAGUGUGGAGAUUGUAGGUGGAAAUCAGAACAAAACGGAAGGAGCUCAGACGGAGUUCCAGUGCCGGGCCGUGGGCUGGUUUCCUGAACCCAACAUGUCCUGGUCUGUAAAUGGAGUGGCAAAUUCCUGCAACAGAAGCUCUGUAACACAGGGAAAUCUGUUUAACUCCAACUGCACGCUGACGAUCACUGCCGUCAAAAAUUCUUCUGUUCAGUGUCUGGUCAAGGUACCUGCCCUGAGCACACCGGACAGCAGCACUGUCUUUCUGACCGUUGAAAAGCUUGCUAAAAGAGACCAGACGGUGUUGAUCGCUAUCACUGUGGCCUUCAGCGCUGCGGCUCUAUUGUUUCUAAUCAUCUACGGAAUUAUUUUCUUCUGCAUGAGAAGGAAGAAAAAGUCAAGCUACCAAGAGGAGAUCAGGAGGGCACGAAUCCAGUCCCAGAAUGGGACGCCUGCCACAGAAAACGAGCGAGGACAGGACAACCGAGGAUAUAUUAGAGAUGGACAUGAUGGACACACCAAUGGUGGAAUCUGGUACACAAACCAUUCUAACAAACAUCAGAUGCCCGAUGGUUUUUUUGAUGAUGCUCACAGGAAGCACAGACACAUGACCAUCGUCUAGAGACUAAAUGCUAGACUUCACAGACAGAAGGUGUUCUGGUUCUCUUCUUCACUCUUGUACAUAAAAUCAUAAUUUUAGGUUUUAUUACAGAAGAAAGAGAGCCUGCAUGAUGGACUUCAUAUCAGCACUUAUGGUGAUCUGUUUCACCUCCACUGGAUUAUUUAUUUGAACACAGAAGCAUUUUCUUGGUGGUCUCAGACUUUUGUGCCCCACUGAAUACUGUAGAUAAUCACCAAGAGUGUGUUUUUGGGCUUUAACAGAUGAACGUGGUCAAAAUGAGGGCGGUCGAGGGGUUGGUAAAGACUUUGGUUUGCUAAACAAACCAAUGUGACAGAAGUGUUGAUUCAUUUUUCAAUCUUUGCUGGUGCAUUAUGCAUUCAUCAGAUGCUUGCAUUUCCAUAGCAGAUUUGUUUGAAUCAACAUCUUCUUUUGCUUCCUGUUUUUGUAGCUGCUUACAAUUAAACCAAAGAUUUUUCUUGAGAAGCGUUUAGAUGUGACACGUCAUGCUUCAUGUGCUUAAUAAAAAACCACUGAUCUCACAGGGGAAAACUGCUUAAAAUUGUCAUGAAAUGGACUAGAACUAUGUGAUGCUUAUUAAUACAUCAAUUAAUCAAUAAUAUCACAUUUACAAAGACCUUUUGUGUAGUUUUCACUUAUCUGUGUUUCACACAUUUUAACAGCUCUAAAAUCCAUUAAAUGGAUUACAAGCAUUUUGAACAAAUGUUUUUUUUUAUAA